AUGUUCUGGUGUGCCCUUUUGAGCGGCUGCCAUGGCAACUCCCCACAUUCGACUCUGGCUUUCUCACCCUUUACCCCUGUGCUGGGAAUGCGGAUCAGAGUCUGCCCUAUUGUCACGCCGUCCUCCUGCCAUAGGUCUUCUCAGAGUCUCCCUCUUGCCCCAUCAGAUCCGUCUGCUAUCUACCCCCCAUCUGUGCUAUUAGAGGCGUUAUGCCCCACACGCUACGUCUGA